GGCAAAGAGAUAGAUCGCAACAGUUUUCAAGAUGGCCGACUCAAGAUGGCUGUUUGCCCGCGUUUUCUGCCUCGUACUCAUGAUGGGCUCGGCGAUGUCCUCCAAGGAACUGCUUACAAAGAUGACAGGGGGGUUCACCAAGGUCGUGGAUGCGUGUAAAACUGAGCUGAGCGUAGGCGACCACAUAAUGCAAGAUAUGUACAACUUCUGGCGCGAGGAGUAUCAGCUGGUGAACAGAGACCUGGGCUGCAUGAUCAUGUGCAUGACGGCCAAGCUUGACCUCAUCGGAGACGAUCAGAAGAUGCAUCAUGGAAAGGCUGAAGAGUUCGCCAAGAGCCAUGGCGCUGACGAAGCCUUAGCCAAACAGCUGGUGGGUUUGAUUCACGGCUGUGAGACUCAGCACCAAGCCAUCGAGGACCACUGCAGCCGGGCCCUGGAGAUAGCCAAGUGCUUCCGCACCAAGAUCCACGAGCUCAAGUGGGCGCCCAGCAUGGAGGUUAUCAUGGAGGAGAUCAUGACUGCCGCCUAGAUGGAGAUGGAGAUAGGAAUGGGAAGAGGAGGAAGGGAAAGAGUUGAAGGAGAGGAAAAGAUAGAAAUAAAAAGAAGGAAAGAGGGAGGAAUAGGCAAAAAGCUUUAGGUACAUAGAUUGAGAUUUAAUAACGUAGGUAGUAUUGAGAGAGGGAGAUUUUGGUCAUAUUUUUAGUAGGAUUAAUUUGUUGUCGGUACUGAUGUGUAGGUAGUUUUUAAAUGGUAAAAAACAACGCGAAAGACAUGUGUAAGUAGGGAUAGUUAUAAUCUUAAACAUAAAUAAUCGUGUUUUGCAAUACUAAUCUAAGGGUAUUUAUGGCAAGUUUUACUUAUGUAUAGUAUUUGUGACUAACAAUAAUUACAUCUCCCUCAAAUCGUCAGUUAGCUGUUACUGUGUAUUGUGUUUUAUUAAUUAAAGGUUUUAAGAAAUCGUUUUCUUGUUA